AUGAAGGAGCGAAUUGCCGGCGCCAUGAUCGAGGUGGAGAACCUGCAGAAGGAGAUUGACUCGAUAAUGGAGCGACAGACCGUCUAUACUGCUAGUAGUCGACCAUCGACAGCGUACUCGAUGGCGCCUCUUGACAUGGAGCCCAUGCCCUCGAUUCCCGCGCUUCCUCCAGCCGCACCCUCGUUCGCUGAACGAUUGAGCACAGAACGGCCGCAGACAGCACCUUCAGCAUCGUCGACGGUGCGCAUCCCUCACCGCGCCAAGACGUUUGCAGAGGCGUCAGCAGCGUUCAUCACCCCUCCGCCCAGCCGGGGAGGAAGUGAGGAGGAGGAGCACCCGCUACCCCCCCCACUGCCGCUCGUACUGCGGCCGCCCCUUCGGAAGAAGAAAUCCUUCUCGCGGGUGUCGAGCUGGCUCUUCCCCGACGACGGCGGCGCCGCCGGCCGCGAGCAGCACCGACGUGACAUCAGUCUCGAUUCGGUGACGAACCUGCCCCGGCCGGUCAAGGGGCGAGAGGGCUUCUAUCAGUGUGUGGCACCGGGCGGCCAGACGACGGGGCGUCAGAGCUUCGACACGCUGUCGACGGUGCCCACCUGGGAGACGGAAGGGGAAGAGGAGGACGAAGACGGAAACCGGACCGUGCCUACCACGACAUGGACUCCCGGCAGCACACCGGUGACGAAGCCGGACGACGUGACUACACCGCUGGAGCGGAUAGCCACAUUUGGGAAGGACAGUAGUAUUAGAGGUCUGGAAAAAGGAGGCGCCAGCCCUCGAAGGGAGAGCGUCGGGGUGGCAUACUGA